CAGACGCCUACUACCGGAGUGAGUACGUAUAUUAUUCGCCGACCACGAACGAAGCUCUACUGAUCACUCGCUGACGUCGUCCGAGGCCAUAGCUGCAAUGUUUGUUUGGCCCAAGUGACGCCCGUAGGUUGAAACUGUCAUACGACAGCUUGAACCUGGCUUUGGAUUAUCCCGGCCCAAAUCGAUAUUAUAACAACAGUUUUUGUUCCCACUGGCGUAUAUUGGGCGAAUCACUGCAGUAGCAGCUUCAUCGUAGUUCCCUGUCGAUCCCUGGCACUGGCAUGCCCCAAUUUAUGUCCACUCAAGCCUUGACCUACGCUGCGCCCUCCGAAGAGGGCCUAAACUCUGCUUACCAUGAAAGAUACACGGGGAUAUGUGGCGUCAACAUCGAGCACCUCCUCGACGCCGCCCGUGCUGUUCUUCAGCUUCCCAAGGCAGUCGCUCCCACCGAGAUCCGCAUCCUCGCUCAUGGGGGGUAUAAUAAAGUCUUCCUCAUUCAGUUCGGAGCGAGUGCCCUUGUCGCGAGGGUCCCUGUCCCUAAACCCCCGGCGACCCGAGACCCCCUUCGACUCAAGUCUCAGAUCGCGACACUAGGAUUCAUGAGCGUAUACAGACCAGACGUCCCCAUUCCCCGGCUCUUCUCUGCGCAGCUCAGCGGCACCAACCCGGCAGGCGUGCCUUAUACGUUCAUCGAGUUCUGCAAUGGCACGCCGCUUACUCCUCCAGAGUGGCACGAUAUGUCGGAUGCGAGCAAGCGCAUCGUAGUUGAUCUUUUGGCUGAACAAUGGGCCAGAACAACAGCGCCGGUUCCGUUCAGUGCAAUCGGAAGCAUCGUGGCCGAUAGCGCAGACACCUCGCGUUCGCUGUGGCAGAGACACAGCACGCCACAGCGCGGCUUUCGCAUCAUGCCCGUGAUCCCACAAUAUCCAAGCGCCUUUACUGAGCUGCUCGACCCGUCGAUCGAGGCGCGAUGCGGGCCCACUACACUUGCGGAACAUUGGCACUACGCCCUUGACGCCACACGUCGUGCCAUGGUCAAGAAAUCCCCGCAAUGGAGUGACGAUGGCAGACGUACUUUCGUACGGUGCGCUGAUAUUAUACGGGACCUCGUCAAUAUCGCCGCCUCGCUUGACCCAUUGGCCAACUCGACCUCACGCCCCGCCGCGUCUAACCUUGCCCUGGUACACGGCGAUUUUGCGUGCUGGCGCAACGUGCUCUUCUCGGCGGACCGCACACGCAUCGAAGGCAUAAUCGACUGGGAUGAUUCCGUCGUCGUUCCCCGAGAUAUCGCGGCUCGGUAUCCCGAAGAACUGACGAACCAAGCGUGGUGGCCUGCUGACCCAGAGGACGUGUUCGUUAUACCACCUGAGGUCUUGCCUGAGGAUAUGUUUUCGUGUCAGAUAGCCAUGGAGCAUACGCAGCUGCGGAAGAGAUUCAGGGACACAGUGCAAAGAUUCGAUCCGCAGCUCGCAAUGCUUUACACGGACCCCAGGGCGAGGUUCAGGCGGCGCGUGGAUUAUUUAGCGAUGCACGAUUGGCGAGGCUGGCUUUCAUAUAUCGACUGGAUACUCGAGAAGGCGAUGGACGAGGCGUAUGCAUUGGCUGGGAACUGGAGGGCGUAACUCAUACUGGCAGAGACCCAUCACAUAAUUCCCAAAUCAAUGCCAACAAGAUGUACAUUACUAUCCUUUGUAUCGAUGCGUGAAUCUGUG